CGCUAGUAGAUUCGCUACGCCUACCAUAUGAAGCUAUUGCCAAUAUCACCUAACCGAUUUCACUUAAAUAUCCUCAGCCCUAGAAGCAGGGACACCAUGCCAAGAUGCAGUCCGCAGAAUCUAGACCAGGAACCAUUACCAACGGAGCUUGACGCUCCAUUGCCCCACUUCUUUGUUUGUUCUUUGAAGAGGAAGGUCACCCUCGCGACGGAGAAGCGCCGAGGAGCCUCUCCGUUUAUAAGCACAGUCCUUACCUCUCAUCUUAUCUUCUCUUCCUUCGUUAGGACCUAGGGCCACGGUAUCAAAGAUGAGAUACUCGUUCUCCGUUCUGACAGCAACAGCGCUGGCGCUGCUGCCCUUUGCGCAAGCAGCGAAGGAGGUCUUUGCUCACUUUAUUGUGGGAAAUGCUCCUAAUUAUGACAUGUCCGACUGGCAGGAUGACAUCCGUCUUGCACAGGACGCCUCCAUCGACGGCUUCGUUCUCAACAUUGCUUCACAGGACGCAAGCAACGACAACUCUCUGGCCAAUGCCUUCCGAGCUGCCAAUGCCGCCAACUUCAAGCUGUUCUUCUCUUUCGACUAUAGCUCCCAAGCUCCUUGGUCCAAAGACGCCGUAACUGCCCUAAUCAAUCGCUGGGCGAAUGAGCGCUCGUACUUCAAGCCUGACAACACCUACCGACCUCUAGUUUCCACCUUCGAGGGGCCUGAUCAUGCGGAAGACUGGCACGAUAUCAAGGGUAAGACCAACUGCCUUUUUAUACCAGACUGGUCUUCCCUUGGCGCUGCAAACGCAGCCACAACGGCGGGUAGUGUUGCGGAUGGACUAUUCAGCUUCGAUGCUUGGCCUAAGGGGCCUUCUGCCAUGACCACGGAAGUGGAUGAGCAGUAUCGGACUGCGUUGAAUGGCCGUCCUUAUAUUAUGCCGGUCGCCGGGUGGUUCUACACCAACCUUCCCGGCUGGAACAAGAACUGGCUCUGGAAGGGAGAUGAGCUCUGGGAUACGCGCUGGCAGCAGGUAAUCGACUUCCAGCCCGACUUCGUGGAGAUUCUCACCUGGAACGACUACGGCGAGUCGCACUAUAUCGGCCCAGUCCGUGAGAAGUCGCUUGGGCUGUUCCAGAGUGGAAACGCACCGCUCAACUAUGCCGAAAAUAUGCCGCAUGACGGGUGGAGGAAGUUGUUGCCCUAUUAUAUCCAGCAGUACAAGCAAGGCGGCAAGGUCCAGCCGACCACGCCGACCACCACCACCAUCAUUGCCCCCACCGCCACUGCCAUCACCACCGUUAUCAGAACCCUCACCACGAUUGUCACCGCGCCAGCUUCAUCGCAGACCUUGGUCGUCGCUUUCAAAGCAGCGAAGGUGGUGGUGGCGCAGGAAAACCUCGUCGUGAAAGAAGAGGCUGUAGUAGCCUACUACCGAACCAACCCAGCGAAGGCUUGCAACAACGGCGGCACGACCGGAAACGAUCCGAAUUACCAGCAGGUCUAUCCGCCAGAAGACCUCCUGCAGGAUAACAUCUUCUUCACCGCUUUGUUGGCGGAGCCGGCCGACAUCAGUGUUUCUAUCGGUGGGAAGGACCUGAACGCCAUGUUCUCAAAAAAGAUGCCGCAGGUCGGCGGGGCAGGAAUCUAUUCGGGCAAGGUGCUGUUCACCAACAGCACGGGGGAUGUGGUGGUGUCGGUGUCGAGAACCCUGGAAGACGGGACGACGCUGCUAAUCGCGCAGGCUAAGGGAGGACCGUCUAUCACGACGGAAUGUGUGGACGGGAUGGUGAAUUGGAACCCGGCGGUUAUCAGUUCAUGAUGAUGGGAGAGCCCACGGAUGCCGAUGGCGUCGAUGUUAUGAGUAAUGAUCAUGAAUGAAAAUGAAUGUCUGAUGAAAUCGCCCUCAGGUUC